AUGUCGGCCCGCAUAUCAAGCGAGUUCGCACAACCUUGGAGCGUAGCCCAGCUCGACACAAAGUUCCCUGAGCUAGGAAUGGAAAAUCAGUCGGAAUACGUCACAGCCCGUGCGCAGGAGGCGGCAACCCAGAAGCUCCCUAAACGCGAGGGCCUUUUGAAGAAGGUGGUCUUCAGCAAGAAGGUUAUCUAUAUGGUCAUAGGUCUCAAGAUCGUGGAGGCCACGCGAAAUGUCAUACAGGGCAAACGAGAGAAUGGGCGGAACUGCAAAGCGAGGCCUAGACCCAGCGACUGGUGGGAUGGUCAUGGUUGGCUUACAGUCUGGGGCGGAUCGAUCCAGAUAUCCGUCAAAUCAUUCGGAAAGGGCCUCUGCUUUACAUCAUCGCCGCCCCUCUCGUCCUCCCCUUGGUCUCCACGAUCACCGCGCGGUUCCGGAGGACGUCAAGGGUCCGUCCGGGUAUCUUAA